CCGCUACCGUCGUGUAUCUCCCCAUCGACCUCUCACCAUGUCCCUGAAGAAAGUCGUCAUUGUCGGCGGCCACGGUAAGGUGGCUCUGCGCCUCGCAGGCCUCAUAGCAUCGAAGCAUAGCAUCACGUCCAUCAUCCGCGAUCCCGCCCACAGCGCCGAUCUCAAAGCAAUCUCAACCGACAUAACCCCUCUCGUGCUUUCCCUCGAGGAUUCUCCCGUGUCCGAAUUUUCCAGCGCCUUCACCGAUGCUGCCACCGUCGUCUUCUCGGCCGGCGCAGGAGGCAACGGCGGCGCAGAGCGCACACGCAAAGUCGACUACGAAGGCGCGCUGAAGGUGUUCGACGCGAUCGAGGCCGUCGCAGGGCCCAAGCCCCACCUCGUCCUUGUCAGUGCCCUUGACGUCCGCGAUCCCAACAAGAUCCCAGAACACUAUACGGAGGAAGACAAAAACGUAUCUGAGCGCGUGCGGAGCAGGAUCAAGGACUAUAUGCACUGGAAAUACGAAGCGGACAAGAACCUUGUUGCACGUACUGCGUUUACAUGGACGAUCCUUCGCCCUGGUGGGCUUACCGAAGGGCCUGGUACUGGUAAAGCGAGUAUCGGCAGGACCCACAUGAUCCCUACCAUUCCGAGGGGCGACGUCGCGAAUGCACUUGCUGCCCUUGUCGACAGACCGGAUGCAGCUGGAUUGGCCAUUGACAUCGUUGGAGGCGAGACGCUCAUUUCGGAGGGCAUCGAUGCCUUCAUCAAGAAGGGCGUUACGGAUUGGUUGGGGUGAAGAGCUUUUAUUAAGGAAAGCAGCUGUCAACCAGACUCGCAGUGUAUUCCAAUGUAUCAUGAUCGUCGAAAGCAGAGUUGCUUUGGUAUGGCGAUAGGACAAUAAACAAGACAAUUACUCUUGC